GUGGCUUUAUUGCUUUUUGCUGCUGCGAUUCGAGAUCCUCGAGUCCUGCUCUGAUUUUGUGGUUUGCACGCUGGCAAAUCCGUUUUCAUUCUCCGGGAGCCGGUCUCUUCUGCCCCAAGUUGUGACAUAUAUACCCUUUUUUAGACCGCACGGUCUACUCUAAUUCCGUCGCAUUCAACAGAGAUGCGCACUACAAAAUACUUGGCCCUGGGUGUGCUCGCCGCUGGCACCACCCGGGCGGCGCGCAAGACUGUUCUCGACGCGGACGAGGUCCCCGCGACCUGCACGACGCUGUGCCAGUUUACGCUAGAGCAGACGCUUAGUUGCGACGACCAGAACCGCAGAAAGGACGAUUUCCUGCUGUGCGUGUGCACCGCGCCGAACGCGAGAGCGCUGCUGCAGCAGUGCCUGACCUGCCUCGAGACGGGCGGUGGAACUGCGGCAACAACGGCCGCGCCGACAGUGGUUUUGAGGAGGCCGAGGAGUUUGCGAUCUUCAAAUAUCCAACCAGGCAAGAGACAGAGGAGGGAGCGUAGAGCAUCACAAAACGAAGAGGAGAUCGAGGACACCGCCUCCGAAGUCACCGAUGAUGCCAGCAACUCCCGUGAGGACAGGGGACAAAGGUCUGUGGCGAAACUGAUUGAGCAAUGCAACUUCAAUACCGCCGCUCCUGAGGUUCCGGCAAUCACCGUCCCACCAGCCACAACAACAACCCAGACACCUCCCACGACAACGGCUAGUCCCAUAGCCAUCCCACCACCGGCGUCCUCAUCGUCCUCGUCGUCUCUUGUGACAACCGCGACGUCUGAGCCAGACGCCGCGCGACCUGUAGAGACGACGUCACCCACAAGCCCGCCUGCAGAGCCAUCUGACCCAGUACGUGUCUCUGAGAUCCCAGAUGCUAGUCCAACACCACCCACCAGCAGCCCCAAGCCCAGCCCAACGACGACUGCUCCCACAAGUCCUCCUGUUGCCAUCGUUCCUCCAGAAGUCAUCAGCCCCCCUGUUACCAUCACGCCUCCUGUCGUUGUCAGUCCUCCUGAGGCCGCGCCAAGCGGCGAUCCAGCCACUCUGCCCCAGAUUCCAAUCCCCGGUGGUGCUUUUCUUGAACCGCCAGACCCGGUCAUUCUUCCUCCGGGUGGAGCAGGUGGAGUGCCGGCAGGCCUCGCGCCGGCAGCAUCGUCCACCCCGGCGACCGGCAGUGGCAGUGGUGGCGGCAGCGCGCCGCUGGCCCCAGAGAGCCCGGCGCAGCCGUCGAGGAAUGCGCCGCCGGUCGCGGUUGCUGGUGCUAGGCGAAUGUGGGGUGAAGGGCAAAGUGGACUUUUGUCCUGGUCAGCUGUGCUGGGAAUAGUCGUAGGUAUGGCGGGCUGGUUGUAACACCCCGAGCCCGGCGAGGUACUGAGAUACACGUGGAUAGUCACUACUGGAGAGAAACGCAGAAUGGUAGAGUUGGAAGUGUGGAACUUUGCUCGCCUUGCAGAUGCCGCCUAAUGACUCGGGAUGAAGUCAGUUUCUCUGUGCACUUUGCUUAGCCUACAGUGAAUGUUAAAGGACAGGUGU